AUGGACGCGUCCUCGGACGCGUCGACAUCGAGCGCGACGACGGCGGCGAACGGGAAGGCGGCGAAAGGGGUGAAGAAGACGACGAAGACGAAGGAGAAGAGACACCUGAGCAGACAGGCGGCGCGAGAGCGAAUGCGGAAGAUGCGGCGCGCGGGGGACGACGGGAAGGAACCGGCAACGGCGGCGACGAGGGAGGCGGCGCGCAGGCGGAACGCGGCGUAUUACGCCGCGACGGCGGGCGCCGCUGCGGUCGAGGAGCCGUCCGAGGCGGCGUUGGACGACGAGGACGACGGCGCACUCGUUCCUAUUGUUGUAACAAAGCUAUGA